GCAAAACUAUUAUAGAAGAUUUACAACGAAGCACUGCAAAGUUUACCGGAGAACAUCGACAAGAUGUUCUUAAAUGGUUGAAAACUAUCGAAAUUAAAUUUGAUACGGCAGACAUUCCAACGGCUAAGAAGUUUGAUUUAAUUCCACAAUUACUAGAUAAAGGAGCACUUGAUUGGUUUCAAGAAAAUAAAACGAAGUUUAACAAUUCCUGGAGCCUCUUCGUUGAACAUUUCAAAAGAACAUUUGAUUCUCCAAACCGGGCUAGAAUCGCAAUGCAAAAGCUUAAUUCUUACACUCAAUCACCAUACCAAGAUGUUCGCAGUUUCUGCAGUGAAAUGCGGAAACUAUUUUCGGAAGCUGACCCGCAAAUGAGUUCUACGAUGAAGUUAGAAUUUUUAUUGGCAAAAGUGAAUCCUAGUUAUCGCCUUGAUUUAUUGAAACUGAAACCAAAAGAUCCAACAGAAUUUGAAACAAUGGCACGGGAUAUUGAAAACAUCUAUCUUGUGAAUGAAGCCAUUGACCAAAAUACUCAGUUCAACACAUCAUUUUCUUCUUCAACUUCCGCUCUUCUUUCUGAUGCACCUCAUCCUGUUUCGUCGAAUUAUCAACAAACGAUUCGCAAUAACAAUUACACUAGCACUAACCGGUACACCAGUUCGUCUCGACACAAUUCCUCUUACCCCAACAAAGCUAAUUAUUCGCCACGAUUUUCGUCCAGAACUUCAUUUAGACAAGAUCGAACGCCUUCGUACCAAUCUUCUAAUAAUCAACAGCCCGGUAAUUCUGUCAAUGCUCGCAACACCACCCGUCAAAAUCUUUUCAACUAUCAAUCCUCUUCUGCAACACAACAAUCUCAACUACAACCACCGUUAUCUACAUCUAGCAUUCCUCCACUUAUGCCAUCUUCGUCUUCAGUUUCUCCACCACUCUCACAAUUGUCCCACCCUCCUGCAUCAGCUGCUACUGUAAUUUGCCAAUGGUGUUCUCAAUCCGGUCAUUCAGCUCGGGAUUGCCAUUUUUAA